CUUCGUUUCGGCCACAGAUCUUCAAAACACCAUUCUUGGUUGAUAGUGAUGAUAUAGAAGUUCGUUGCAAAGCGAAAGACUACGAGCUAGUUUUCCUUCCAGAAGAGAAAUGGGCCAAACUAACUGAAUGGACAUUGAAUCCCACGUAAGUUAUUUGAAUUGUUUUAUUUAUUUUUCCUCAAAUCUACCUCUUCACUAACAUCACAGCAAUGCUUUCUUUUUACAGAGUACUUCAGAUUGGGCCAUCUACAUUUGAUGCAGAGUUAGCCUCGCGGAUUAUUGGGCCUAAUAUUUGGUUGAAGAACUUUGACAUGGACGCCAUGAUGUAUUUGUUUCGGGAGAAAACCACAUUGCGUCGGUGGAGUCCAGACCGAGUCGCAUUUUUGAACUGUAUGUUCAGUAAUCAGAUUAUCACGGCCUAUGGGAAGUUUGAUGGAAACAGGAGAGGGUACAAAAUCGACGACAAUUUUCUCGAGUAUGGAAGAGGCGAGCUUCCAUAUCAUGGAAGCACAGGUUCAGUAUGGAGCGUUGAUGUCGAUCGUCUCUACAUCCCUAUAUGUGUUAACCAAAUCCACUGGAUCUCUAUUUGCGUCAAUCUUGUGAACCGGACAAUUGAUGUCUUCGAUUGUGGGGGUAAGAAGAACAACAGGGUCAUCGAAGCUUUUGCCGUCCUCAUUCCACGAAUCGUCAAGGCAGUCCAGUCGCCAGAGAGGAAGAAAGAUUUCAAUGUGAAACAGUAUACUGUUUCAUAUGUCCCCAUGCGCGGCCUAAACAUGAGUGGUAAUGAUUGUGGUGCUUAUUCAUUGAAGUUCAUAGAGUGCCAUCUACUUGGAUUAGAUUUCUCAUUGGUGAACGACGAGAACAUCAAAGAAGCCCGACACAAGAUAGCUUUUGAUCUUUGGGAAGCAGCAAAUGAUGCGGUCUUGCAAUCUCGGAUGUCUACAUUUAAGCCUCCAAAACGUGCUCCGGUGAAACCUGUUGACCUCGGUUGACUUCAUGAUUUUUAGCUUGAUCCUCUUAGAUUUCAAGUUUGUUUCUUCUUUGGGUUUAAGACAUGGUUAAUUGAUUCUUACAUUACUCUUAUUGUUAUGGAAUUAUUGGUUUUUCUACUAUUUUACUGUUUCAUGAAUUACUUUAAGGAAAUAAAUCACAUAGGGUGUCAUUAUAUACUCUAAACCCUAAAAUACCGUAAACCCUAAAUCAGCUCCGAUUCAUACUCUAGAACCUAAAGUAACUUUGAUUCAUACCCUAAACCGUUUAUUAGCUAUGAUUCAUACACUAAACCGUUUAUUAGCUAUGAUUCAUACCCUAAAUCCUACAUUAACUAUGAUUCAUACCCUACACCCUAAAUUAGCUUGAAGUUAUAUCAAAAACUUUAGUAUAGAUAGGUUUCAAAUACAAUACCCUAAAUCACAUAAAGAAAGAAAAAUAAUUUUUUGUUUUAAAAAAUAAAAAUUAAGUAUAUUCAAAAGACGAUUUUAAGUUGGAGUUAUAGAAAUUCGUAUUUUCAAAAUUUGUCUUCUUACAAUUGUCAAAUGUCGAUUUUUGUGUAUUAGGGUGUAGUAUUUUAGCAGUCAAUAUAAGAGUUAUAGAGUAUUAACCGUUUAUGGUUUAUACCCAGUAGGCCCACCCGAAAGUUAUUAAAACCCGACCCUGAACCCGGAUCCACACACCCCCAAAGACGUGAUUUUCUUUUCAGUUGUCGAAACCUAAGAAAAAUAAAUUUGAGAGAAAAGGGGAUUAGGGUUCUUUGUCUGCGAUUCCUGUGAGCCUCGAAACGAAUUAACAAUGACCAGUUCGACGACUUCUUCUGCUCGUUUUCCUCGCAUCUCUAAUCAUGGUGUGCCCACAAGAUGUUGGUGUGGCGAGGGUAUAACCACUUUUGGUUCAUCGACGGCGGAGAAUAGGUAUCGACGAUUCUACAGAUGUCAAAUCGCAAGAGAUGUAAGUCCAUGUUUCAAUUUUGUGUUCCACAUAACACCAUACUGACUGAUUUUUGGUUUCUUUUGCUAUAGAGAAAAACUGAGAAUCAUCUAUUUAAAUGGAUUGAUGAAGCUUUGAUUGACGAGAUACGGAUGGUAGAUGCGAAACAUGAGAGAGUUGCUCAAGAGAUUACAAAGUUUGAAGAAAGGGUUAUGGAAAAAGUGAAGUCCGAAAUUGUUAGAGUUGAAUCUGAGAUGUCAGAAAAGUUCAAAGAGAAGGUGAACUUGGAGAUUGCUAGAGUUGCACAGGAUAUGAAACAGAAGCUAAAGAUUACGACGGUUGCUAUGGUUGUUGUGGGAGCAAUCGUGGGAAUAUGGACUUCUCUUACUGUCUGAUCAAGUUUCAGUGAUUGGUUGCUUGUCGUUUGAGUUUGAUGGGUUCAAAAUAGCUUAAGAUUGCAUUAUUGUUUUCAUUAUGAUCGCCUAUAAUACACUUGAUGGCUUCUUGUUGACUCUCGGUUGCUGACUAUUAUCAGCUUCAGUUCACAAUCUAAUACUUUUCUUCUCCUUUAUGUUGUUUCAAAGCUAGUAGCUUCAGUUCACAAUUUUCUUCUCCUUCAUGUUGUUCACGAAGCUAGUAAAAAUACAAGAGAGAUAACACGAUGUCUAAUAUCCAUAACCAAGAACAAAAAAAUCCAAAACCAAGCAAAACGAGUAAAUCAAGUAACCAACACCAUAAUGAAAAACAAGCUAAUCAAAAGCAAGAAAAAUCCAAAACAACGAACUGACUAAAUCACUCUGUCGCAUGUAGCUCUGUUAUGAUUCUCUUCGCCACAUCGACUGCAUCUGCGCCUCUUCUUUUCUUCAGCUCCUUGCGAUGAACGAAGUUUGUCUUCGACCGUCUCGUAUCUGCGCUUUCUUCUCCUUCCUGCUCCUCUUCUUGAUUCAGGAGGUUCCACAUUAGCAUUCCAGACAUCAUCUGGAACAACCCAACUAUCCUCCGGAACACCUAUUGGAUUGAUAGUUUCUUCAUAAGCUGUUCUCCAAGUGGAAGUCGUGUACAUUUCAUCCGUUAGUGAGGAUGGGGCUCGACCAACUGUUAAACCAGCCUUGAU